CCGGGCUCGGGCUCUGGGCCUGGACCGGCGCGCAGCAUCUUCCUCCCAGCAGCCACUAGAGCUGCCGCACCUGGGCAGGCAGCCUCGUUGCUGGAGAUGACUGUCAGCUGCUUCCCCUGUCAGCUCCCCACCGUCACAUGCCUCACCCCACAAGUCCAGGAAGCCUGACAACAGAACAGCAGCCUCUCAGAGGCAUGAAUAAUUAGGUAGGCAUAAUGGAAGGCACUCACUGCACCCUCCAAUUGCAGGCGCCCAUUACCGAACUUUGCUUCAUCAGCUUCUAUCUUCCAAGGGGAGAAGUCAGAGGAUUUUCCUACAAGGGCACUGUAACUCUAGACAAAUCCAAUAAAGGUUUUCAUAACUGCUACCAAGUCAGGGAAGGCUCGGACAUCAUCAGCCUCAACUUGCAGCCCAAGGAACACCCAGGCGACAUCUUUUUCAAGCAGACUCCCACCAAAGACAUUCUCGCAGAGCUGUACAAACUCACAGCAGAGAGGCAACGGCUGCUGGCCAGUCUGCUGAGUUCUGACCACAUCCUGGGCAUUGUGAUGGGGAACCAGGAGGGGAAGCUGUCUGAGCUGUCUGUGAGCCUGGCCCCCGAGGAUGACUCUUUCCGGAGGGCUGGUAACUGGCAGGGGGAGCCCCCUGUGGGCUGUGUCAACAAGAAGAAGGCCCAUGGCAACAAAAAGCUCAGGAGGUUUGGUGGCAGGAAAGAGAACACCGAGGAGCCACCGCAGCAGAAGAAGACCAGAAGAAAAGGACAGCAGAACCAGGAGCCAGUUGCUCAGCUGGGGAAGGAGCAAAUCUUUUCCAGUAGCUCCCUGCCCCUUUCCUCAACAAGGCAGGAUCUCAGGUUCCUGGAGGAGAGAGGUAACUUGGUCACCACUGGGGUGCUGUCCAGUUCCCCCCUAAGGAGAGAGAGCUGCACCCCAGAAGUCCCUAGGAUGCUGGACUCCACCCCUGGCCUUUGGGACUCCUGGAUGGUUUCUGAAGAAGCCAGCUUGGGGAGACCAAGACCGGCUUCUGAUUGCAGUUCUGCAGAUCCUGGAGAGGGUGGUGCUGGAGAGUGGCAGAGGGCACCUUGCCAGCAGGCAGGUUCAUCUAAAAGGCACAAGGACCAGGGGAAGCAGCGUCCCCAGGCGGAGAAGGGUGGGCUAGAGAAAGGUGCCCAGAGGUCUUGCAGAAAGAAGCCUGUUUCCAAAGUGGUGGUCAAAGUCCAGGAUCGUCCCACUCAGGUGCAAAGAGCGGUGAAAGCACAUCCUGAGGAUGGAGGAAUCAUUGCCUUUUGCCAGGCAGAUCAGUCUGAGUUCAUACCCAGAGCGGACUUGCUCACCCUCCCAGGCACAGAGACUGGGACCCAAUUUCCAGGGCCUGCAAAGAAGGACCAGCAAGGGGAUGGGUCAUUGCAGCUAAAGGCCAGAGGACUGACCCCGGCCGGCACUGAGGGGGCUGUGAACAAGGUGCUGCGGAAAGUGAUAGAGAGUGAGAAGUUAGAUGAAGCCACUGAGGGCAAGAGACUGGGCUUCUCUGCCAAAAAUCUCCCACUCCCAGGUUCCAGGAGCAAGAGGGGAGUGGGGCUCCCUUGGGUUGGCCACACAGCAUUGCUUUCGGAUCAACCCUCCAGCACAGGCUCACAGUCCUCUCAGACAGGGGGUGAUGAGGAGCGACUGUCCUACCCCCCAGCAUUGGCAGCAGUCAGUGUGGCACUUAAUAAUUCAUCCUCCCAGUUUGGAGCACACAAACGCAUGCCACCUGUUCCCUGGCCUCUCUCUGCGGGGCUCCCCAGUCCUCCACAGCAUCGCAGGAUCCUCCAGCUUCCACCUCCACUUGGUGAGGGCGAAGCCUCUCUUGAUGACUUUCCUAGUCCAAAGAGCAGUGCUGUGUUUGGGUCCCAAUCUGCUGACACCUUGGAGCCACCAUCCUCCACAAGGGUCACGGAGACUGAAGGAGCCAACUUGACUUUCCUCAGAGCACGCCAUCUUGGGCUGGCGCCUGGAGAGCCCUUGGGACCCAGCCUGGGAACUGGAGAGACCACAGCUCCACCCCAGCACCAGUCGCCUCCAGGCAUUUCUCCUGAGGGAUUUCCCCUGGACUACUUCAGUGAGCAGGCAGUGACAAAAGACCUCACCAACAGGGAUGGAGGUGGCUGGGUUCUGGGCUAUAAAACAGGACCAACUUGUCCAUUGCUGUUCCAUGAAGAGAGAGAGAAACCCAACAGAAGUGAACUGCACUUGGAUCUCCAUCCUGACCACAGCCCCACAGAGCCAGAUGAUAGGACUCCUGGAAGACUCCAAGCUGUCUGGCCACCACCAAAGGCCAGAGACACAGAAGAAAAAGUAGGAUUGAAAUACACUGAAGCAGAGUACCAAGCUGCUAUUUUACACUUGAAGAGGAAACACAAAGAAGAAAUUGAAAGCCUGCAGGCUCAGUUCGAACUUCAAACCUUCCACAUCCGGGGUGAGCAUGCGGUGUUAACAGCGCGACUAGAAGAAAAAAUCGAAAAUCUCAAAUACGAUUUAGAACACCAAUGGCGCGGAAGAGGGCGUGAAGAGAUGAGAGACGCAUGCAUCUCCACCGAUGAUGGCUGCGCGCCCAAGACCUACAGGAACGUGUGCAUCCAGACAGACAGAGAGACUUUUCUCAAACCCUGUGAAGGUGAAAGCAAGACAACCAGAAGUAACCAAGUAAUACCCAAGAAGCUAAAUAUCUCUUGUUUAAGCCAACUCUCUCCCCCCAAUGACAACAAAGACACUCAUGGGCCACUUCAGUCUGCUGAAGGCAUUUCAUCAAGUCCGCAGAAAGCAUCAUCCCCGCCUCCAGCGCCACCUCUCCCUGCAUCAUUAUCACCACCUCCUCCUCCCCCACUUCCUGGACUUGAGCCUUUGCCACCAGCACCCCCACCACCGCCCACAUGUACUGUGCCCCCACCUCCACCUCCUCCACCACCAUUGCCUCUAAGUGAUGGACCUCUGCCCCCACCUCCCCCUCCACCACUUCCUAAUUCUCCUGCUCUUCCCAACAGUGGGGGGCCUCCUCCUGCUCCAACACCUCCAGGACUUGUGCCUCCACCCCCUCCUGGACUCUUCUUUGGAGUUAGUUCUUCUAGCCAAUGUCCUCGGAAACCAGCCAUUGAGCCCAGUUGUCCCAUGAAGCCUUUGUAUUGGACUAGGAUACAAAUAAGUGAUAAGAGCCAAAAUACUGCACCAACCUUAUGGGAUUCCUUAGAAGAACCUGAUAUCCGGGAUACCAGUGAAUUUGAGUAUUUGUUCUCCAAAGAUACAACUCAGAGGAAGAAAAAAACUCUAUCAGAGUCCUAUGAGAAAAAAUACAAGGUCAAAAAGAUUAUCAAGUUACUAGAUGGAAAGCGAUCUCAAACUGUGGGCAUCUUGAUAUCUAGUUUACAUUUAGAAAUGAAGGAUAUACAACAAGCCAUUUUCAACGUGGAUGACUCUGUGGUUGAUCUGGAGACCUUGGCAGCUUUAUAUGAAAAUAGAGCCCAAGAGGAUGAAUUGGUUAAAAUUAGAAAGUAUUAUGAAACAUGCAAAGAAGACGAGUUGAAGCUGUUGGAUAAACCUGAGCAAUUUUUGCAUGAGUUGGCCCAGAUCCCUAAUUUUGCUGAACGUGCCCAGUGCAUAAUCUUCAGAUCCGUGUUUUCAGAGGGGAUCACUUCUUUGCACCGGAAAGUAGAGAUCAUCACUCGAGCUUCUAAGGGCUUGCUGCACAUGAAGAGUGUGAAGGAUAUUUUGGCUCUUAUUCUGGCUUUUGGAAAUUAUAUGAAUGGAGGAAAUAGGACUCGGGGACAAGCAGAUGGAUAUAGUUUAGAAAUUUUACCCAAGCUCAAGGACGUUAAAAGUCGGGACAACGGGAUUAAUCUAGUGGACUAUGUUGUGAAAUAUUACCUGCGCUACUAUGAUCAGGAAGCAGGAACAGAAAAAAGUGUUUUCCCCCUGCCUGAACCACAGGAUUUCUUUCUGGCCUCCCAAGUCAAAUUUGAAGACCUCCUAAAAGAUUUGCAAAAACUGAAGAGGCAACUCGAAGUGAGUGAAAAACAGAUGUCAGUGGUGUGCAAGGGGUCGCCAAAGGAGUAUCUCCAGCCUUUCAAGGACAAACUAGAAGAUUUCUUUCAGAAAGCCAAAAAUGAGCAUAAAAUGGAAGUGAGUCACUUGGAGAAUGCACAGAGAAGUUUUGAAACAACAGUCAAAUAUUUUGGGAUGAAACCGAAAUCUGGAGAGAAAGACAUCACCCCCAACUACGUGUUUAUGGUGUGGUACGAAUUCUGCAGCGAUUUCAAGACAAUUUGGAAGCGGGAGAGUAAAAGCAUCUCAAAAGAAAGGUUGAAGAUGGCUCAGGAAUCAGUCAGCAAGUUGACUUCAGAGAAGAAAGUGGAGACCAAGAAAAUCAAUCCUACGGCUAGUCUGAAAGAAAGACUGCGUCAGAAGGAAGCCAGUGUGACUACCAACUAAUACACAAACUAAAAAUGAUGACAACUGACCCCAUAUUUUGCAUGGUCCUUUGCAACACCAGUACUACAGGAAGCUCUUGAUGUUUGUCCUGCACAUCUCUUUCUGAAGUUCUCUACACAGAGUAUUCCUAACACGUCUUUUAUAAAGCCACGCAAUAAUGGAAAACUAUAGGGGCAGGUGUUAUUGGAGGAUUUUU